AUGCUGAACAUCACUCAAUUUCACCUAGACCAGUCUCACACAAUUGCGGCUGCGCUUGGCGCUCUGUUCCUCGCAUUGAUUCUGUCAACCCUGACCACUUGGAGACGCCUCCGUCAUAUUCCUGGACCGACCCUAUCCUGGCUCGGAUCCUCAUGGCUCAUCAGGAAUGCCGUGACCGGCGCGACUUCACCAAACAGCGCAGAUCUGGCCCGCUAUGGCUCUCUUGUUCGUAUGGGGCCCAAUGCAGUCGCUACCGACGACCCUGAGGUAGUACGGCGAAUAUCGCGCAGUCCAUAUAGGAGGGAUGCUUGGUACACUGGCUUCCGAAUGGACAACGGCAAGGACAAUAUCUUCACGACCUUGGAUCCUACCUUGCAUGACAGGAUAAAAGCAAAAACUGCGUACGCUAUGGCUGGCAAAGACGGCGUCGAUUUGGACUCGGCCAUCGAUGCUCAGGUUGGCCGGCUGUUGGGGACCAUCCGCGGCAAGCACCUCGCGACCAAGGAACAGCACCGGGUCAUGGAUCUCGCCCCGCUGGUAAGGUUUUACACGGCGGACGCUUUCACGUGCUUGCUGUUCGGCAAAGAGUUCGGCUUCAUGGAUGCGGAUGAUCUGUACGACGUGGCCAAGAUGAACGACCAGGUGAUGGCCUUGAUGUCUCUGCUGUGCGAUCUUCCGUUGCUGCGUGCUGUGAUACAAUCACGUUUUCUCUUGUUUCUCCAGCCCAGAUCUACAGACGAGAUCGGUGUUGGAAAAAUACAAGGUAUCACAAAACAACUUCUGGAAGAGCGUUUCCAGAAGGGCGAAGUUGACAAGCCGGACAUAUUGGGAUCUCUCAUGCGUAAUGGCCUCGACAUGGACGAGUGCUAUAGGCAGUGCCUCAUCUUCCUUUUCGCUGGUGGAGAUACCACCGCAUCUUCUUUGCGAGGAAUAUUGAUGUUUACCAUGGUGACACCGCGUGUAUAUCAGAGACUCAAGCAAACCAUCCAGCAGGCUGUGGCAAGCGGCGAUAUAUCGUCUCCAAUCACACUUGCCCAAGCGAAAAAAAUGCCUUACCUAACCGCCGUCAUAUAUGAAGGCAUUCGCCUGCGUCCAGCUGGCACCCUAGGGCACCCUAAAGUGGUGCCGCCCGAGGGCGAGACAAUUGAAGGUCUCUUCGUUCCCGGGAAGACUGCCGUGUACGUCAACUGGAUUGCGAUGCUCCUGAGAAAAGACAUAUUCGGGGACGACGCCGACAUGUUCCGUCCCGAGCGCUACCUCGAAUGCAGUGACAAGACGAAAGCCGAGCGGGAACGCACUGUUGAGAUGGCGUUCGGGGCUGGACGAUAUCAGUGCUCCGGUAAAAUCAUUGCGCUCGCAGAGAUUUACAAGGUGGUUUUCGAGUUAUUCCGUCACUUCGACUUCCAGAUAGUUAAUCCUAACAAGCUGUGGGAGGAGCAGUCGUGGGCGAAUUGGACGCACCACGAGAUGAUGGUAAAGAUUACUGAAGACAGUCAUGUGCAAACCUGA